AUGGUCAAAAAUAAUAAUAAUGCGCAUCCAGGGAAUCGAACCCUGGUCAGUACCGUGGGAGGGUACUAUGAUACCACUACACCAGAUGCGCUUCUUGCCAUUCAAAGUGAAACAAUCAUAUUAAACUUAACUUUUGAGUCGAUCUACUUCCCUCCCCGCCGCUCCUUUACUCAUUCUUCUCGUCUCGUCUCUCUCUCUCUCUCUCUCUCAAUCCAAGUCUCCAACUGGCAACGAGGACGCCAAUCGCCAGAGCUGGAUGAGUUGAUAGAAUAA